AUGGAAGCGAAGACUCUUAUGGGAACUUGGAAGCAGUGGUCGGGGGUCUUUGUAGAUUUGGAGGGUGCAUUGGGAGGGUUGGGUAUCCUCUGGAAUGCAAAUAUUCAAAAGGUGGAGGAAGUUAUGGUCUCCAAUAUGUGGCAGGUAUGUAAGUUCCACUCUUAUCCUCUAAAUGUUGACUUCACAAUAAUCAAUGUUUAUGGACCGUCAAAAUCUACGCUGCAAAAAAAAAUUUGGAGAACCCUGUCCUCCCUCAUUGGGGAUUUGGAGGGGGAUCUUCUGAUCAUCGAGGGUAACUUCAAUGCUAUUUUGGAACUAAGUGAUAAACUAGGGGGCAACGGCGAAAUUCCUGCGAACCUAGCACAUUUUCAAAAAUUUGUAACAGAAAAUGGUCUCAUGGAAAUCAAGUCCAAGGAAGACCAGUAUACAUGGUCAAAUCGAAGGAUCUCAGGACAGCAUGUUGCAGAGAAGCUGGACCAUUUUUUCUUAGGAGGGCCUUGGGUGGAAACCAAUCUCCUCUUUGCCUCAAAUGUCCAUCCAAUGACUAUCUAUGACCACUUACCUGUGGAGCUAUCUAUAACCGUGGAUGGUCCCCCCAUCAGAUGCCCCUUUAAAUUUGAAAAACUAUGGUUGAGGGAUCAAAGCCAGAGGGAGUUAAUUAAUGGUUGGUGGUCAGGGGCUCCAAAGGUAUGUGGAUCUAAGGCCUUCAUUUUUGUUAAGAAGUUACAAUUCAUUAAGUCAAAAAUUAAAGAAUGGAAUCUAGUGAAGUUUGGCAACAUUUUGGCUAAUAAAAGGGAUCUGGAGGACAGAUUAGCAAGCUUGCAAGAAGAUAUAAUUCAAAAAGGGAUGACAUCAAAGAAAUUUUGA